CUCGAGAUGGCCGUUUUGAUCGCACUCUUUGUGGCAGUGAUCACACUCGUCGUGUGGUACGUGCACCAACAUUUCAACUACUGGAAGAGGCGUGGUAUUCCACACGAUACCCCAAGUAUUCCCUUUGGAAACACCAAAGAAUUUAUGAAAACAAAGCAUAUAUCGCUACUCGCCGGGGAAGCGUACAAAAAGUACAAAAACAAGACCGAUGGUCCGUUUGUUGGUUUUUACAUGUAUUUUAAAAAGUUUGUUAUUCCAACGGAUAUUGAUUUUGUAAAGACUGUGUUGAUCCGCGAAUUUGACAAGUUUCACGAUCGCGGUAUCUUCCACAACGAACGCGAUGAUCCUCUGAGCGGUAAUCUAGUGAACAUCGAAGGUCAAAAAUGGAAGACUCUCCGCCAAAAGUUAACCCCCACAUUUACGUCGGGUAAAAUGAAGAACAUGUUUCCCACUGUGCUGGUUGUGGGCGAUGAACUGAUUAAGGUUUUCGAUGAAAAGAUUUCCGCCAGUCCGGAUGGAUUGGAAAUCACUGACCUCCUGGCUCGCUUCACCGCCGAUGUCAUCGGGAGCUGUGCCUUUGGCUUGGAUUGCCAUAGUCUGAAGGAUCCCAAGGCUGAGUUUGUCAAAAUGGGAGUAUCUGCCAUCACCGAACGCAGAUAUGGAAGAGCGUUGGACCUCUUCUUGUUCGGAGCUCCAAAACUGGCUGAAAAGCUGCGCAUGAAGGCCAAUGUCCAAAAGGUCGAGGAUUUCUAUAUGAAUAUCAUCAAGGACACAGUGGAUUAUCGAGUCAAGAACAAUGUGAAGCGUAACGACUUCAUGGACAUGUUGAUCGAGAUGAAACUGAAGUACGAUAAUGGCAACAAACAGGAUGGUCUCACAUUCAAUGAGAUUGCCGCCCAGGCCUUCAUAUUCUUCCUGGCUGGUUUCGAGACGAGCUCCACGACCAUGGGAUUCGCCCUCUACGAGCUGGCCCUCAAUCAGGAUGUACAGGAUAAGCUGAGACUGGAAAUAAACAGUGUUUUAGAGAAACAUAAUGGAAAACUGAGUUACGAUGUCAUGCGGGAGCUGGUAUAUAUGGAAAAGGUCAUCGAUGAAACCAUGAGGAAACGCCCCGUGGUUGGUCAUUUGAUUCGUAUUUCAACUCAACGCUACGAGGAUAGCAAUCCAAAAUAUUACAUUGAACCAGGUACUGGUGUCCUGGUGCCCUCAUACGCUAUCCACCACGAUCCAGAGUUCUAUCCGGAGCCGGAGAAGUUUAUUCCGGAACGUUUCGACGAGGAGCAGAUCAAGCAACGUCCGGCGUGUACCUUCCUACCUUUCGGAGAUGGACCUCGCAACUGUAUUGGCCUUCGGUUUGGCCGGAUGCAGGUGAUUGUUGGAAUGGCUUUACUCAUCCGGAACUUCAAGUUUGAAGUGCACCCCACCAAGACCCAAAUUCCUCUCAAACACAGAGCUGACGAUAUUUUGUUCAGUGCCGAAAAUGGCAUUCAUUUGAAAGUCAGCAAAGUUUGAGGUUUCGGAAAAUGAUGGAAACAGAAUUGAAACUAAUUAAGAUAGAAUGAAAUUUUCAAUGAGAUGUAGAAAGAUAAUUAUCGGGUUGCAUUCAUUAUAUGGAAAUGCAUUAUGACUAAUACACCAAGUUUAGAUACAAAAAGCUUUACGUUUCAAGGCAGUGACCUCUAUAUGUGUAUGCGAGAACAUUUUUCCAAGCAUGGGAAUUAAAGGAAAAGCUUUUUGUUAUUUAAUACUAAAAAACCUACUAUAGACAUGUAAUUAAAAUAAACGUUUUUGAAUAAAUUAUUA